UUCUGAGCUGCUGCUCCAGCAGAACGACACUUCCCAGCUCAAUAAAGGGAUGAAGCUCAAUUAGCAUUUCACAAGUCCCGUUCCCCCUCCGCCGCGGCCUUCCCCGUGGAGCCCAUGGUUUUCUGGGGAUUGUCCUGUUUUGGUUCCUUGUUGCGGUUGGCAGGGUGACAGUAUUCGAGUGUGCAAACUUGUGCCAUUGUCCUCUGGCCAGAGGGAGCCAUGGAGACCCCAUAAUAUGACACAGGAAAAUGUUUGCUGAUGGCAAUUCUAUGGGCUUUGUCCGAGUCUUUUUUCCUUCAUGACGACUCGAUUUAAGUCUCUAAAUGUUUGACUACAAAUGCAGGAGUGCUAUCCAGCUCCUUCCCCUUUGUCCCGCCAGGUUUGAAUGAGUAAUUCAGCCUUUGUGUAGCUCGAUUGAGGGGGCAAACAGAAAGACAAGAUUCUUGAGCGUUCAAGCCCCUUUCCAUGGUUAUGCGCUCUUUAGAUCCCCCCACCGCCACCAAAUCCUACAGCUGACAUCAUGUGGAAGGCAUUAAACCUCAACUUUAACCCCUGCAACAGGAAGUUAAAGCAUGUCCAAUACGAUGUAUUUCAUUUAUGUUGAAUUAUUUUGCGUAAAAGGAGCAGAGUUAGAAGCGGUUUUUUGGGGGGGUAAAUAUUGCGUUUCCAGGGCUGGGCUUUCCAGAUCUCCAUGGCAGCAAUUUGCGCUGGUGAAGAAUUUGAUACCAAGGCGCUUGGAGACUGAUUGGAGUGCAUUGUGAGGGGUCUGGGGUCGCUGAUUGGUUCAAGGAAAGGAGCAUAACUACAAAGGGUUUAUAUUCAUUCAGCUUCUUGAAGUACCUCUGCAGUCUGGAGGGAAGCUUCAACUAAAACGAUUGUGUCAGUGGAUUAUGGUUCAUAUUUCUACAAUGGACUCAUGAAGUGAGCCAAAUAGCUUCUGGAGAAGAUGUCAAGCGCAGACAGCGAAGUUAAAACUUUACUCAACUUUGUAAAUUUGGCGUCCAGUGACAUCAAGGCGGCUCUGGAUAAGUCGGCUCCCUGCAGGCGCUCCGUGGAUCACCGGAAAUACCUACAGAAGCAACUCAAACGCUUCUCACAAAAGUUCUCCAGAGUCCCGAGAGGUCAAUCUCUCACUUCUGCGGACUACAGGUGCGCCAGAGGAGCUGAGCGUCAAAGGGCGACUGCGACGGAUCAGGCCAGCUCCGAUGCGCAACAUGCGCAGAGCAUCGGCGGCUUAAUGGACCAGGUGCCGAUGCGGAAACGACAACUACCAGCGUCGUUUUGGGAGGAACCCAGGCUAACCAAAGCCAGGAGAGACAAACCCUUUUUGGAUUUGAGAAGAAGCAGCAGCUCGGGGACAUCUGAUGGCGGCGAGAAUGAAAAGAGGAGAAGGAGUCAGGAGGACGCGCAAAAAACCGCAAACUCCUCAUCCAGCAGGCGCAGCUCUGCGGAAAAAGAAGUGCUGAAACUGGAUCUGACUUCACAUCGCUCCGUGAGUUUCUGCAGCUGCUGCCCCUUCCAGUUCCAAGGACAUCAGGUCCUCCACAGCCAGAUUGUUGUUCCUCAUCCUCCCUUUGGUCUGUGGAGCAAGGCAGCAGAGCCGCAAAGGUCCGAGCAUCCGUACGGACAGAAACUCCACACGCACGUUGUGGUGAAACCGAUACCGACCAAGGCCACGGCGCAGUCUCCGAUCUUCAGCGUGUUUGGGUUCAUUUAAUCUGCUCGUCACAUGAGGAUGCGGUGCCGUUAGUAAAGUUACGGACACAAAUUAACAGAAAUAAUUUGGGUCAUUUAGCCUGUUACGAGAGAAACAAUUUCAUUUUUUGUCAUUUUUGCCACUUUUUAAAAAAAUUAUUUAGAAUGUUACUGUUUCAAGCUAAAUAUUCUGUUGAGAGCUAAAUAUUUAGCUCCAAACUUAAAAGCUAUCUUGCUAACUAAUUAGCUCAGAGGUACCUAUUUAGCUCUGAUUUAACUAGCUAGACAGCAAACUAAAUAUUUAGCUAGCCCAGAGCUAAAUAUUUAGCUGGUAUGCAAAUUCACUUGCCAGUAGGUGGAAGUGUCUGUCAAAGUAAAAGUUGGGUUUGCUGACGUUUGAACUAGCUAAAUAUUUAGUUUGCUAGCUAAAUGUUUAACUCGGAGCUAUUUAGUUAGCAAUCUAAAUAUUUAGUUUGGAAAUAAAUAUUUAGCUAGCUCAGAGUUAGAUAUUUAGCUAAUAUUCGAAUAAACUUGCCAAUAGAUGGAAGUGUCUGCCAAAAUAAAAUCUGGGUCUAGCUAGAUAUUUAACUUGCUAACUAAAUGUUUAACUCUGAGCUGAAUAUUUAUUUUUGAGUUAAAUAUUUAGUUUGCAAGGUAAAUAUCUAGCUAAAAAUAAAUAUUUAGCUUUAGUUAGCAAGCUAAGUAUUUAGUUUGGAGAUAAAUAUGUAGUUAGAAGCUAAAUAUUGAUUCAGAGCUAAAGACAAAGCACUCAGAGCUAAAUAUUUAGGUUGCUAACUAAAUAUUUAAUUUGCAUAUCUAAAUAUUUUUGCUUCAAAUACGAUAAAUUAACAUUUACUUUAGUUGUAAAGUAAAUAUUUGGCUUGCUAAAUAUAUGUUUUAAAUAUUUAGUUGAAACUGACAUUUAUAACAGAAUGAAUAACAUGGUAAAAAUAUAACUUUAAAAAACUAACCUCCAAUUUUUUCUCUUAGACUAAAUAAGCCAAAUUAUUGCUGUUAAUUUUUGAGUUUGUAUCUUUACAAACGCCACCCCAUAAAUGAAAAGGUGAAACUGUGAGCUUUGUGGCGUGUUUAUGCUUUUUCUCUUGUAUUUUGAAAACCGGACACUUCUUUAAGCACUUACUAGAAUGCUGCAUAUAUUUGUGAUGUUUAAGCCUAAAGGAAUAAAUUGCACUUUUCCAAUAAACUAAUCAGCUUCA